AUGAAGUUCAGCAUUGUUGCCGCUACCCUCGCCGUUGGUGCCCACGCCUUCGUUGCCACCCCCGUCGAGCGCUCUCCCCCCACGCUCGUCGAGCGUGACCUUGCCACUGUCACCUCCGUGCUUGCUGAUGUCAAGACGGGCUUCAACAACCUCCAGGCCGCCGCUGCCGCCUUCAACGGCGACCCCGGCCCUCUCAAGGCCGAGGCCGCCGCCGUCAUCUCCAAGGUCGAGUCUGGCACCAUUGCCGUCCAGAACAUGACGCCCCUGACCGUCAACGAGUGCCUCUCGCUCGUCGGUCCCUCCAACGACCUCGCCAAGCAGGGCCAGUCGCUUGUCGACGAGCUCAAGAGCCGUCUCAACGAUGUGCAGACCGCCAAGGAGUGUGGCACCGUCCUCGACUUCCUGAACACCGGUCUCACCGAUGCCAAGGCGCUCAUCGCUGCCAUCAAGGCCAAGUCUCCCACGGCCGUCCAGAGCGUCGUGCAGACCCAGGGCGACAAGAUCACCAAGCCGCUCCAGGAUGGCCAGGCCGCCUUUGGUCCUGGCAAGUGCGUCAACGCUGCUUAG